AUGGCAUUGAGGGGUGCAGCAGUGAAUAUUCUUCCCAGUACCAGUAUGUUUCGUUCCACGGCGUGGCCACUGCAGUGGCUGGGGUUCGAGGCCACAAUCCCAGGCAGUCCAUUGGCAGCCAAGGGCUCUUCAAAAGACACAGGCUGGUUGGCCAGCGCUUUCCUGGCUUUGUUAAUUUGUUUGGCCAUCGCUGCCUUCUGCUGGAUGCAGCGAAGGGAACGAAUUGUUGAGCAAUAUGCGGAGGAGGAGUCCCGCAUGCGCAACACCAUUGCAGAGGCUCAGGCGCAACAGUCGCGUGUGGAAAGCCUGGUUGAGGCGGCCAAAUCGCUGGCGCCGUGCGUUGUCCGUGGCAAGGCUAGUGACGCAGAGGGGGACCAGCAGCAAUUGAGUCUGUGCCUCCAGAGAGUAGAAAGGCUGUUGUCAGACACCGAGACGCUCGAGCGAGAGUGCGAUGCCCACUUUCGCCGAGCCGGUCUUGAUGCACAUGGUGCCAUGAGGCGCAUUGAGCUUCGAAGACUGCUCUGGACUUUUGCACACAGCCUCGGCUCCACUGAGUUAACAUGGGAAGCCAUAGAGGCAUUCGCGGUCACAGGAACGUUGGAAGCUAAUGUGCCUGUGGUCACGAAGGACGAGUUUUACAGGUGUGUGACCAAAACCGUGCACUUGGUUGCAGCAGAGCUGCGCCGCAAGUUGCAAGAGGUGGAAGCCAAGCUGCAUCCAGCUCCGCGGCGCCCGCCGCCUGCUCCCCCUCAGCCUGAGGUGCGAAGAGAUCCCCACUCGACUCCGAAAACACCUGGGAGGCAUUCCAGUCCCUGGGCUGCUUUGGCUGAGCUGAGUGGCAGCGACGCGGCAUCACCCGUGUCUUCGCGCGAGUCUCACCACUUUGAGCCAGCUGAAGAAGAAGGUGUUCUACCGUCUCAGGUCGAAGCGAAACUGGCAGCACAUUCCCAGGAGAAGUUGAUUUCGCAAGAGUCCAUCGAGCAGUCUUUCUUUCGACCAGCUCCCGAUGACGAGGACCAUUCGACAGCUCGUGAGCAAAGCCAACCAACACACCAGGACGAGUCGGGGAUCAAUGGCAUGACUGUUCUGGUUCUUAGCAACGAGGGCAGCUUUGAUCCACACACUUUGCUCGUGAAUGGCGGAGUGCUGGCAUUGUCAUCGCCUGUGGCGGAGGCAGGCUCCGGGCUGUUGGGGAUGUUCGACGCCAAUGAUGGACGCAGCUCCUUUGAUCUUUCCCUGCUGGAGAUGAUCGUGCGCGGGGCUGCUGUUGCCCGCACCCCGGCAGCCGCAAUGAUCCCAGGCGUCGUGUGGAAGACUCCCGAGUCGACUGCACGCACGGUUGUCCUCUUCUUUUCAGCAGGGACGGCGGUAUGCCUGUGGUUCCAGGAAACACACCACUGCACCCUUUGUUGCGAAGUACUGUGCGACGAGGCACGAGCCUGCGGCACAGCCAGCAUUGAUCAGCAAGUGGACUCCGAGAUUGCUGCUGCCAGCGCGGCAUCCGGGUCGAGUUUCGCAGCGACCGCAGCUGCUUUACCGCGACCGUCCACCGGCAACGCGCUCAAUCAGCCUUUGCCUUCAAAGCCGAAAGUCUCCCUCCCUGGCUGCGGACCACUGCCUGGCAAUGAGGGAACUUCACGGGCCAGCUUUGCUGCGACUGCUCGAAGGUCAGUUAUCCAACGUCGAUCAACUGACGAGUACAUGCUAGGUGACAGCAGCUUCAUGACCGUCGCAUCGGCUGCGGCGAGGGAUUCAGCUCACGUUGAGGCCGGCAGAGGAAGCACUUCCACCAGGAAGUCUGUCGCCUCAACAGCCGCAGAAGCACGGCGAAAGUCGGUCGCAGAGCUGGCGGAAUCACGGAAGUCACUGGUCGAGGUAAUGCAAAUGUACGGGCCGGAUGAGGAAGAAGCUGCUGACGUUAAAGUGAACAGAACAAGUCUGAGUGGAUGGUACACGGACGAGAAGGACAAACAAGAGGAUGAAGCAGCAGCUGCUCGUGAAAGGUCUUUGUCCAGCUGGUAUGCUUCUGAGCAAGAGCGCCGAGUGUCGGUCGACCCUGCCAAGGUUGUCAGUCUGAAAGAAGAUGGUGGAGGAGAAGUUACAGUUCCGUCCGGUGUGGCCCACAACUUGACUGAAGAAGCCACCGCAGCCGCCAGCGAGGAAACCGCCACCAGCAUCCAGGGCGCAGCGCAGUGA